GCUGCGGCGGCAUGGCCCGCGCGCCCGGCGCGACCUCUGCGGAUUGCAUCGGUGUGCGGCGGCGGGGCAUGCCCAGGGCACCGGGCACGGCCUUCAAUGGGCGAGGACACGGACACGCGGAAAAUUAACCACAGCUUCCUGCGGGACCACAGCUAUGUGACUGAAGCCGAUAUCAUCUCUACCGUUGAGUUCAACCACACUGGGGAGCUGCUGGCCACAGGUGACAAGGGUGGCCGGGUCGUCAUCUUCCAGCGGGAGCCAGAGAGUAAAAACACGCCGCACAGCCAGGGCGAGUAUGACGUCUAUAGCACGUUCCAGAGCCACGAGCCGGAGUUCGACUAUCUCAAGAGCCUGGAGAUAGAGGAGAAAAUCAACAAGAUCAAGUGGCUCCCGCAGCAGAAUGCCGCCCACUCCCUGCUGUCCACCAACGAUAAAACUAUCAAACUAUGGAAGAUUACCGAACGUGAUAAGAGGCCUGAGGGUUAUAACCUGAAAGAUGAGGAGGGGAAGCUUAAGGACCUGUCCACGGUGACGUCACUGCAGGUGCCCGUGCUGAAGCCCAUGGACCUGAUGGUGGAGGUGAGCCCUCGGAGGGUCUUCGCCAACGGCCACACCUACCACAUCAACUCCAUCUCUGUCAACAGCGACUGCGAGACAUACAUGUCGGCCGAUGACCUGCGCAUUAACCUCUGGCACCUGGCCAUCACCGACCGCAGCUUCAACAUCGUGGACAUCAAGCCGGCCAACAUGGAAGACCUCACGGAGGUGAUCACGGCGUCCGAGUUCCACCCGCACCACUGCAACCUCUUCGUCUACAGCAGCAGCAAGGGCUCCCUGCGCCUCUGCGACAUGCGUGCGGCCGCCCUGUGCGACAAGCACUCCAAGCUAUUUGAAGAGCCCGAGGACCCCAGUAACCGCUCCUUCUUCUCGGAAAUCAUUUCCUCCGUGUCGGACGUGAAGUUCAGCCACAGCGGCCGGUACAUGCUCACCCGAGAUUACCUCACGGUCAAGGUCUGGGACCUGAACAUGGAGGCGCGACCCAUAGAGACCUACCAGGUCCACGAUUACCUUCGGAGCAAGCUCUGUUCCCUGUAUGAGAACGACUGCAUUUUCGACAAGUUCGAAUGUGCCUGGAAUGGGAGUGACAGCGUCAUCAUGACCGGGGCCUACAACAACUUCUUCCGCAUGUUUGACCGCAACACCAAGCGGGACGUGACCCUGGAGGCGUCCCGGGAGAGCAGCAAGCCCCGGGCGGUGCUCAAGCCGCGGCGCGUGUGCGUGGGCGGCAAGCGGCGCCGGGACGACAUCAGCGUGGACAGCCUGGACUUCACCAAGAAGAUCCUGCACACGGCCUGGCACCCGGCCGAGAACAUCAUCGCCAUCGCGGCCACCAACAACCUGUACAUCUUCCAGGACAAGGUGAACUCCGACAUGCACUAGGCGCCCCGCGCGGCGGUCCCCGCCCGACGGUCCAUCGGCCACUCGCGGAGCGGCCACCAGGGGGCGCUGGGCCGUCCCUGCAGCAUCCUCAGGCCCGACCGCUUUGGCGGGGGCGCUGAUCUCUUCGAAAACAGGAAAAAGAAGAUGUUCGCGGCUUGGAGUCAUCGUGACCGACGUGACGGUCGGCCUUGAAGUUCAGUUCUUUCAUCCUGUACUUUAACCGCGUGCAGCCUCCCCCACCUCAUUGGGAUUGCGGCGUCUGCGCGUUCAUUUUUCCCUCCGGCGGUUCCUUUCUGGGGAUGCAGGAGCCGCCGGAGCUGUUUCUCGCGCGCGCCUCGCUGGCCCCAGAUCAGGGCUCCGGGGACAGGUAAUGAAGCUCAAACAAGCCAGCCAGGGAUUCUUUUGAUGAAAAAUGGAGCCAUUGCCACUGUCUCAGAGCUGAGGUUCGUGCCGUUUUGCUUUUUGGAUCGUGGAUUCAUGCUGAGAAUUCGCAAGCUCCUCUUUUAGGUUAUUUUAAUGUCUUUCAAUAUCCCAGGUCCCUUACAGUUUCCUGAGAGGAAGGGGGUGGCAUCGAACCAUGUGUGUGCCUGUUAUCUUCACCAUCUGACCACUCUUCUGCCGCGUGCCAGGCGUGGUGCCCUCCCUCCGGCUGCUCUGCCUGCUCUCCUGUCAUCCUGCAGCCAUCAUCACGGGCACCUCGGGGAAUGUGCGCUGCUCCCUUCGUGAUCUUUCUGAAUCUUCAUCAUGACCUUAAGAAGUGGGUGCCAUUCAUUUCCUCCAUAAGCGCCAGCUGCUCACCAGGCGCCAGGCUCUGUGCCAGGUGCUAGGGAUUAAAGGUGGAUGACUCGUCUUCCCACUGUACACGUAGGGAAACUGAGGCCCAAGGUGUGCACCAGCCGAGGUGGGGGAGUCAGGAAUCUCGUUCAGCACCCCCCCCACAAGGCCCUUCCCAACACACCGCGUUGGUGGCUCAUGUUAAAGCAGCAUGCUAGCCUGGAAGGUUCUAGAACCAUCUCUUCAUCUUACAGCAGGUGAGCCAUGACGCGGGUCCGGGGAGAACGGAGAUGCAGAAUGGAGAAGACCCCGGGUGCUCCUCGCCUGUUGGCUAAGGAACUCCACCCCACGACUGUCCCCCAGCGCCUUUCCCAUGAGCACUGAACUGCCUCCAAAAGAAAUUUGCAUGUUACGAGCAUUUUAGGAUACAUUUUCUUUAAGGACCCACGGUCUCCGAGGACACUUCCCUGAGGGCCACAGAGAACGCGGUCUUUCCAGGACAGUUCCUCUGGCUCUGUGGGGACCAGAUCCGCCCACGUGCCAGCCACGCCCACAUGUCUUUGCCCUUGGAAGGCAGCAGAACCCAUGGGGCUUGCAUUUUGAUUCAGAAAGCAGAGUGCAGAGGCCCAACCGAAUCCAACAUUUUUUUCUUUUUCACAAGAUGUGACCUAACCCAGGAAAUAGACCCAACCCGAGAUUUUUCUCAACGGAUAACAGUGUCCUUUUGUGUGUGUGAAAGCACAAAACACAUGUGCACUCACUUCCGGCCAUACAAUAAUUACACAAGGAAAUGGGUCCAUUGUUUUUUUUUUUAAAUCAACAUGAAGAAUGUUUGUUUAUAUAUCACUGUAAAAUCCAGGUGACCUGGACAGUAUUAUAUGUACAUAUCUAUUCUAAUUGCAAUUAAUCACAGGAUCAGAAUCCUUUUUCUCCCCUUUGUAAAGAGUUUCAAGAAUGUGGUACAUUGUAUAGAAAUCUUCUCGAAGCCAAAAUCCAGCUCUGAGGGCCUUACACAAUUACUCGGAUAUUUGGCGAGACCCGUUUCCCUUUGUGGUUCACAUGCAGUGGGGAAAUUUGCAUUUGCUCUUCGAGGUUGCUGUCUGAUCAGAGAUUUAAAGAGCACACUGUCUCUACAAAGUGCGAAUCUUACACUGUAUUCAAAAGGAGGUCUUACUCCAGGUCCUGAUUCCUUACUGUUUUAAACUUUGGAUACCAAACCAAAAAAGAAAAAAAAAAAAAGGAUCUUAGAAGAAGCAA